CACUCGCAGAUAUCCUAGCCUAGGCCGGUGCUAGUGGAAGCACUACGGUAUAUAUCCAUUCGAAUCCCACCUUAUUCAAACAGUUGGCUUCGCAUUGUCCUCGGACGAGUUGUCGAUUGUUCGAGAGUCUGAUCGGCAGAGAUGGUUCAGGAGCGAUAUGCUUUGGGGAAUGUCGUCGCGGAAAGGUCAAGUAGAAGUGUAUAGGAUCAUUGGUUCAGCAUGGUUCUGGGCUCUGUCAACUGUGAAGAUCUGUCGCGGGAACGUAAUUCAGACAGGACAACUUAGGCCCAGCUUAUGUCGGCCAAGACCAGCGCAAUUAAGCUCACUCGAGCCUGCUUGUGAGCAGCAGAGACAAGAUACACUUGUCGCGUUCUCUAGAAGUGUAUAGACAAGAUGAUGUAGGUGUCGGGGUCUUUGGU